CUGGCUUUUGCCAAAUCAAAAAAUUUGAAAAAAUGUUUUUUUUGGCUUAUAGAUAGUACUCUAGAAGAGUUGCCAAAUGUAGCCUUAAGGUGAAAUAACUAUAGGUAAAGACUCUAUAAUGAGUGCGGUGAGAUAACGUUUAUAAAAUUGGCAGGUUGUGUUUGAGUUGUGGAUUGUAACCGCAUGCCACCACAUGUAUAGAAGUGCUUGGUACAAUUAUAGACACAUCAGUAGAAGGACCCAUUGGAGGUGAGUGGUUGUGGGGGAUGAGAAGAAAAGAAGAGUGAACAGACAGACAGUGACUCUCUUUUCUAUGGUUUCAGUGGAGAAAGAGGGCUCUUAAACAUACGCAUUAAUGCAAUUUUAUUCUCUAUAGAAUGGACAGGUGUCUUGCAAUUUCCUUCCCAUCUAUCUUAAAGCUUUGGAUGGGCCUGCUAGAGGUUGGAAAUCAUUAGGAUCUAGGGCUCUGUAAGUAAUGGAUGAAGUUUUUGAAUGUAACUGUAACAUGGAGAGUCAAUUGAUCUCUUACAUGCUGUAUUUUGAUUGAUAUACUGUAUUAUUGGGGAGUGGUUGAGCAAUAUGACGUUCCACUAAAAUAUAGAUAUCAACAUCAUUUUGUGUUGAUUAUUGUUGUAUUUUUUUCCUGCCUCUUAUUAUUAUUAUUAUUAUUUUUUUGUGUUUAAACAAAAUGAAAUUUCUGAUUUCCGGUCUAUUAUGUAAUCCAAACACAUGUAACUCAUAAAUCAUAAUGUGGUUAUUAUAUUGAUUUGUGUUGAAGUUACUCGGUUGGAAAAAGGUGAUGAAGCUGGAGUUAAAGUCAGCUGUUCUUAUGUCAGUAUUUAGGUAAUGGACUAUUUUGGGGCAUAGACCCCUAGUAAGAGGUGCCUGGUGAUUUCUUACCAAGGAUUUGGCUGUGGACUUGGUUCUGUAUAGUAAGCAAUAUCUUGGUGUUGGUUAAACUGAGUUGUAAUUGAUGUGAGGUGGUUUUUUUGUUGGAAUGUGUGUGUUGUAUAGUGGUUGGAUUCGGUUUUGAAUAGUAUGAAAGUAAUGUAGGAGUUGAAUUUGGACUCAUGGAUGUGGUCUUUGGUGUGUGGUUGUAGUGGACAGUGUGGAGGCAGCAGCUGUGGUGGUGGUGGUGGUGGUGUUUUUGCAGAUCAGUGGUGGUUGGUGUUAAUAGGAUUUUGAAUAUGAGUUCAGAAGGCAGGAGCCGAAGCAGGAGCAGUAGCAGAAGCCCGUUGGAUCGCAAGAUUCGUACACAACGCUAUUCCUAUCGGGAUGCACCAUACAGGAGGGAUUUGCGUCGGGGUUUCAGGUUUUCUUGUCUAAAAUCAUUUGUUCAUGAUUUAUUUUUUCUGUGUAUACCAAGUGCUGGUUGGGAGUAGAAGAACACAUAUAGAAGCAUUCUGCUAGAUGCUCAAGCUGUUCCUUAAUGCUCUGUAUGGAAGGGCCAGGAUCUUGGAACUAUCAUGAUUUUACAUAUGGUUUCUCACAAACCAUUGCUUAUUUAUGUUUAUUUAUUUUUAGCUUGAGUACUUGCACCAAAAUUUUUAUGAUUGCUCAUCCUGUUACAUUGUUUAUAUAAAGUUGGCUUUCCACGUGUUGAUGCUACUACAGUCACGUUUUUUUCUUCUUUUUUCUUGCUUGCUUUAUUUCUUAAGCUUGCGUGUAUGGCAUAUUCUUGGUGAUGAACAAACUUAUAAUGUUUCUUGGUUGCAUUUCGCAUGAAUAUUUUCUACUCGGCUAGCCAUGGUCUUGGAUACUUUUUCUUGUUAGGCAGGUUUCUCAUGUUCUUUUUCUUACAAAAGAAAUAUUACUACUAUUCUUCUAUGAAGCCAUCCUCCAGUUUGAUAUUUUCCUUGGUUGGAUUCGUACUCCUCUCCCCCUUGUUUGUAGUCGGAACAUUGGGUGGGAUCAGGCGUUCUUUGUGAAUGAGCAGUUAUAUGUUUUCCUGAGGCUGUGCUCGUCCCCUGCUCUGCUGCAUCCUGAAGUAUCAGGCAGUUUGCAAUAUUUUGGUUAUAGUAUUGAGAAAUGGACAUUAUUGUUUUUGGGUUGUGUGUUCAGUGUUCUUGCAGGAAAUUAACAAGUGAUGGUGUUUUUUUUCAGCGAGAACAUCCUGUGUAAGAACUGUAGGCGGCCAGGUCAUUAUGCUAGAGAAUGUCCUAACGUGGCACUUUGUCACAACUGCGGUCUCCCUGGGCAUAUUGCUUCAGAAUGCACCACAAAAUCACUGUGUUGGAACUGUCGAGAACCGGGCCACAUGGCUGGUAACUGCCCAAACGAGGGCAUUUGCCACACCUGUGGUAAGGCAGGACACCGUGCUAGAGAAUGCCCUGCUCCCCCACUGCCACCUGGUGACCUAAGGCUGUGCAAUAACUGCUACAAGCAAGGCCAUUUUGCUGCAGACUGCACAAAUGACAAGGCAUGCAAGAACUGCAGGAAGACUGGUCACCUGGCACGUGAUUGUCAGAAUGAUCCCGUCUGCAACUUGUGUAAUAUAUCUGGUCACGUGUCCAGAGAAUGCCCGAAGGGCAACAUUUUUGAUGAGCGCGGAGGUGGUGGUCGUUUUGGUGGCGGUGGUUAUCGGGACAUUGUAUGUCGGAACUGCCAGCAGGUGGGCCAUAUGAGCCGAGAUUGCAUGGCCUUGAUGAUUUGUCAGAACUGUGGGGGAAGAGGACACGUGGCAUAUGAGUGUCCAUCUGGAAGGUUUAUGGACCGCUUUCCGAGGAGAUACUGA